AUGCUGAUCAAGGUAAGCGACAUUGUCCAUGAUGACUAUAUUGUUCUAGGAAUAUCGAAUUCCGAUGCCACUGAGCGUUGAUGAAUACCAAAGAGGUCAGUUGUAUUCGGUUUCCGAAGCCAGCAAGAACGAGACGGGAGGUGGAGAAGGAGUGGAGGUGAGUUCGAUUAUGCUGUAUUCGGAUCAGAAGUUCAGAUCCUCAAGCAAGAGCCCUUCACCAGCGACAAAGUUCGUCCCGGGCAGACGUUGAGUGGCAUGUACACCUACAAGAUCUACAACCUCAAGUCCAAAAUGCCCUGGAUUUUCAAGAAGGUCGGCUAUGUAACCAAUUUUUUCUGGUAUUCCAUCCUUUAUAUUUUAAUUGAGGCCUUUAGCUGCUCCCAGAAGAAGCCGGCUUCCUUCAUGAAGAGAGUUGGAAUGCCUAUCCCUAUUGCAAAACGGUCGUAACCAACCCCGGUUACAUGAAGGGCAACUUCUCUGUCGUCAUUGAGUCCAUUCAUUUGGCCGACAACGGGUCCACGGAGAAUGUAAGUUCAAAAAAACUAAUGUGAUAUAAUUUGAAAUAAUUUUUUGCGACCAAAAUUAUUUUCAGGCAUUGGGUAUUGGCAAGGACGAGCUGAAGAAGCGAGAGGUGGUCAUGCUCGACAUUUGGAGUGAAGAAUAUUUGGUUCCAAGGGUAGGAAUCAAACUUUUAGAUGAAUCAAUGUAAUAUUUAUAGGAUACGAAGCCAGAAACCAAUCCCCGGACCUUCAAAUCGACCAAGACUGGUCGAGGCCCUCUUGUGGAAGGCUGGCAGAACAACACGCAGCCUUUGAUGUGCUGCUACAAGUUGUGUCGCGUCCAUUUCAAAUGGUUCGGUCUUCAGUCCAAGGUGGAGAGGACGGCCCACAAGAAUUAUCCUCGCCUCUUCACCAAAUUCCAUCGCGAAAUCUUCUGCUGGAUCGAUGCUUGGUAUGAACUCACCUUGGAGGAGAUCCGAAAGAUUGAAGCCGAAACGGCCGAACAAUUGAGGAAACAGAUCAAGGAGGGAGAAGUGCGCGGAAUGAAGGGAGGAGGGUCAGCCGAGACCAUCAAGAAAGACGCUGACUGA